UGUGACCGAGGCUGUCAGCCAUGGACAGCUUCGGGAGUGCCGUCCUGAUCUGGGCCAUGGCAGCAUGGGCUCAAGUGCACAUGUCUCUAGGAGAGACAGACAUGGCCGGAUUUCAAACCUGCAAGACCACCUUGAAACUGCCCGUGCUAGAAGUCCUGCCUGGAGGGGGCUGGGAUAACCUCCGGAAUGUGGACAUGGGACGGGUGAUGAACCUGACUUAUACCAACUGCAGGACCACAGAAGACGGACAGUACGUCAUCCCUGAUGAGAUCUUCACCGUGGCCCAGAAACAGAGCAACCUGGAGAUGAACUCAGAAAUCUUGGAGUCCUGGAUGAAUUACCAUAGCAGCACCUCCAACUCCAUCAACCUGGAGCUCUCGCUUUUUAUGAAGGUCAACGGCAGGUUCUCCACCGAGUUCCAGAGGAUGAAGACCCUGCAGGUGAAGGACCAAGCCAUCACCACUCGGGUGCAAGUAAGGAACCUCAUCUACACAGUCAAAAUCAACCCAGCUUCAGAACUGAACUGGAGGUUUAAGAAGGCGCUCACGGCCAUCUCCGAACGUCUGGAGAAUAACCAGACACGGAUGGCCACCUACUUGGCAGAGCUCCUGGUCCUCAACUACGGCACUCAUGUCAUCACCAGCGUGGACGCCGGGGCGGCUCUCGUCCAGGAGGACCACAUCAGAAGCUCUUUCCUGCAGGACAGUCAGAGCAGCCGUACGGCCAUCACUGCCUCUGCCGGCAUCGCCUUCCUCAACAUCAUCAACUCCAAAGUUGAGGAGCACCAUGUCAUGCAGGAUGACUUCACCAAGAGCUACCUCUCCAACCGAACCAACUCCAGGGUGCAGAGCCUCGGUGGGGUCCCCUUCUACCCGGGCAUCACCCUCUAGACCUGGCAGCAGGGCAUCACCAACCACCUGGUGGCCGUGGACCGUGCUGGCUUGCCUCUGUACUUCUUCAUCAAUCCGGACCUCCUACCCAACCUGCCAGCACCCUUGGUGAAGAAGUUGGCCAAGACGGUAGAAGCAGCGGUGAGACGUUAUUAUGCCUUCAACAUCUACCCGGGGUGCAUGGAUGUCAACUCGCCCAACUUCAAUUUUCAGGCCAACAUGGAUGAUGGCUCCUGUCUGGGGAAGAUGACCAACUUCUCCUUGGGUGGGGUUUUUCAGGAAUGCACCCAGUCCUCAGGAAAUGAGGUGGUACAGCUUUGCCAGAACUUGGAGCAGAAGAACCCCCUCACGGGAGCUUUCUCCUGCCCUUCAGGUUACUCCCCCAUCCAUCUGCUCACUCAGACCCGCGAGGACGGUUACAACCACCUGGAGUGCCACCGGAAGUGCACCCUCCGCAUCUUCUGCAAGACGGUGUGUGAGGAUGUCUUCCGAGUGGCCAGGGCGGAAUUCAGGGCUUUCUGGUGUGCGGCCAGUGGUCAAGUUCCAGAAAAUUCAGGACUGCUUUUUGGGGGCCUCUUCAGUAGUAAGACCAUCAACCCUCUGACCAAUGCCCAGUCAUGUCCAGCUGGCUACUUCCCACUGAGGCUCUUUGAAAGCCUCUCAGUCUGCGCCUCUCAGGACUAUGAGCUGGGAGCCAGGUUUUCCGUUCCCUUCGGUGGGUUCUUCAGCUGUGCGGUGGGGAACCCCUUAGUGGACCCUGCCAUCUCUAAAGAUUUGGGAGCCCCUGCUCUCAAAAAGUGUCCUGGGGGCUUCAGUCAACACCAAGCCCUCAUCAGUGACGGGUGCCAAGUGUCCUACUGCGUCAAGUCGGGACUCUUUACGGGAGGGUCUCUACCCCCCGUCAGGCUCCCGCCUUAUACCCAGCCGCCCCUCAUGAGCCAGGCUGCCACCAACACUGUCAUUGUCACUAACACGGAGACGGCGAGCUCUUGGAUUAAAGACCCCAAGACCCAGCAGUGGAGGCUAGGAGAACCAUCAGAGCUGCGCAGAGCCAUCAGGUUCAUCCAUGAGGGGGACGGCCUGUCAGGAGGAGCGGUCUUUGGGGUCACAGUGGGGAUCAUCACUGCCCUGGCAGCUGUCAUCCUGCUGGGCGUCUACAUCACCCGGAAGCACAAGAAGAGGGGCUACAAGGAGAUGGAGGACGAGAGGCAGAGUCUGUCUCCCAGCGCAGCAGGGACUGAUGAGACUCCUGAACAUGUGCCCAAGAGUCCAGUCUAAGGCCUCUCUCCUGGUCCAGGGCUUCAAGCCUGUCUUUCUCUCCUUUUCUUUCCACUUCUGUCUUUCUAAGUACUGAAAGGGGCCACUGCAACAGAACUCAGGUACAACUUUGUGACUUCUUUAGGUCUCUGGGAUAGAAAAUUAUAGAAGAGUUAGCCGAGCCAUGUUGGGAAGCAGCUGUGAUUCUAUAAAGAAAAGUUUAUCCUGGAGAUGAAUGCCAGAUUGGGGGGAGGGGGGCUUUUCCUGUCAUUAAUUAUAGCAUUUUGACUUCAGGGGUGUGUGUGUGUGUGUGUGUGUGUGUGUGAGAGAGAGAGAGAGAGAGAGAGACAGACAGACAGACAGACAGACAGACAGAGACAAUGAUUUGCUAUUUAGAUUUAGAGAUUGUGUGUUUCAUCUGUCAGUGACGGUUUCCAAUGCAGAAGCUAGAAGAAUGUCUAGCUUUAAAUGCUACCUUCUUCCUAUUGUUAUAAGUUUUUUCUUUUCUUUUUUCUUUUUUGAAAAAAUUUGUUGAGUUAACAUUCGUUUACUCUUCCCCCCCCAAAAAAAAAGCUGUCAGAAUUCUAUAGUCUUGAAGACUGACAGAGCUCCCUCCUCAAGAGACAGAAAAGUCCUGCUUAACUUAACCUCUUCUUUCUAGUUUUGAGGGCUUUGUUCUGAUGGGCUGGGGCAUCACAUCAUAUGAACAGAAAGAUCCUGCCUUGACCAAGCUCAUUUUUCCCCCACCUCCCCAACCUGCAGUUGAAUUAUUUAGCCCAAACCACACUCAGACUUCAGACUAGAGUCACAGAGCUCUCGGGAAGUAUUUUAACGUAGAGACUGCUAGGCGUUAGAGGGAAGUAGGGAUGAUUUGGGAAGAUGAGUGAGUAGAGAAAAGGUGAAAACUGGUGCUCAGAAGUUUGGAAUUCUAACCCACAGCCUGAUUUCUCUGCUCAUCACAAAGGGGGCAAAGAAAGAAACUGUGUCUUUUUAGAGGUCAAGCAUUACAGUUUCCUGGGCCACUUUUCCAAACAACAAUUCCUUGCUCUUCCUUUUCCCCUUGCCAAUCCCUUCACCACACACCCACCCACACUAUUCAAAUGGGAAGCCAUUUUUUAAGGCAGACUGGUAGAAUCAAUGAAAUGAAAAAUGCAUUUGACACCUACAUGGGGCAUGUCAAUUUCUGCUCCAGACUGAUGUGUCCUGGGUCACCUAGUUGGAUUUAUGAUUAUCAUCUGACUUUGAGACCUUGUCCAACUUUUUUUUUAUUGCCUCCAGAGUUAUUGCUAGGGCUCAGUGCCUGCACUGUGAAUCUACUGCUCCUGGUGGGCAUUUUCAUUUUUAUUAGAUAGGACAGAGAGAAGUUGAGAAAGGAGAAGAUAUAUAGAGAGAGAUACCUGCAGACCUGUUUCAUUCCUUGUGAGGCAUUUCCCCUGCAGGUGGGAAGCUGGAGGCUCAAACCCGGAUCCUUGAGCUUCAUACUAUGUGUGUUUAGUCGGUUAUACCAACAUCCACCCCACCCAUCCCCGUCUGAUUUUUAAAUCUAAUCUCACUUAACUUGUAAGUGUGAGGUAGAGUUCGUGCAUGUUCCUUCAUGGUAUCUGUUAGAAGUUGUCCGCUUCUCCAGCAAAAUGCCCUUAGUGUGUUCCCUUCUCUAAACGUGGCCUAGUGUUCACAAUCUAGUGUAGGUCCUUCUCCUGGUGGGGGAGUGGGGAGGGACUUGAGGAGCUCCAGCCUGUGGGGAGAUAGAGGCAUAUGUAUCUCCCUUGGCCACACAGGGAGUGAAUCACAGCUUUUGAGUCCUGCUUGACUCCCCGUGGAGACAGACACCACUUUCCACCACCAAGUCACCUUACCCUGCUUCUUAAAAAUAUUGAAAAGUUCUCUAAACCUCUAGGUAUUUUUUGUGGGUCAGUUAUACCCAAACUAACCAUUUUUUUCUGCAAAUACUGGCUUUCCCUUGAGUUCUUUGAAGAAUACUAAUUUGGAGUAAAGCUGAAAACUUCCAAACUGUUAAUACACUAGCUGCCCAUUGGAGUAUAUACCCUGCUGGUGUUUUCUAGGAGUUGUACUGACAUGAAUAUGCAUUAAAGUGUACACAUAAGGAA